AUGGCUGCUCAGCCUGAAGAGGCAGCCCAAACUGCAGGUCUAGAACAUCCCAAACUUGGAGGUAAGAAUACGACUGCCGCAGAAAUGAAAAGAAAUCAGGACAAUGAUGAGCUGCCAUGUCUUAGUAAUUAUGCUGCAUGGAAAGAGCGUUUUUAUGAAAAGGUACAGCAGAGAUGUCUGAGCCUGCAGGAGACAAAGGUGAAGACGAUUCGCACGCAAAAGGCAAAAGAAGAAAAGGUAAAGAAGAGAGAACCCUGUGACUGGCUGUCCAAAGAGUGGUUCAGCGAAGAGAAAGAGUCACUAGAUACUCGCAUCUAUUUGCUUGACAAACUCCUACCUACAUUAAUCCCAGGAGUGGAAAAACUGUUAAUGGAAGUGGAAAGAAAGAAAGUGCUUGUACCAGGCAAAGAACCAACCAAAUUUAACCCCAUCAAUUUUCUUGGGGAAUAUCUGAUGACACAUAACCCUCAGUAUGGUAUUUCUACAAAACCAGGCCCGUACCUGAGAGGAAUGAAGAUGGUCACAGAGGAGCUAAAAACUGAGAUGCCAAGUACAGCAUCAGAGAGGCUGGUCAAGAUGAAGGCUGAGGCGAAGAACAAGCGUAAGGAAAGAGAGCAGGUGGACAAUAUGAAGUCUCAGGUGAAAGAGAUGAGAAAGGAGGUGCUGGCAACUCAGUUCAAAGAGUGGACAGUGGAUGUCAGUGGCAGAAUACCGAUUGCACUGGUUCAGAGUGCCCUGAGGUCUUUUCCAGAUGUCAGUGCUUCUACUCCCAUAGAUGUGAGAAAAGCAAUCUAUGACAGGAAGCUGGAAAUCGUAGACACAUUGGAAAGAAAAGUAAAUGUAGAUGAAUUCACAGAGUAUGUCCAUUCCUACACUGAACAUUUUUCAAAUGACGCAUUCCAAGAAAUCCUGAAGCAUCUCUGUCAGUGUGCUGAUGACUUCCAAGAAGCAAUAAGGCAUGAUAUGUGCAGGCAAAUGUUUACUGGUCUUUUCCUGGACUGUGAUUAUGGAAAGGUUGGUCGCUUAGGGAGACAAAAAAUACUUGCCCUUCUGGCAGGCUUCUAUGACAGAAGCCCGACGAUGGCUAAGGGGGGAUUCUGCAACCCAAGACAGUGGCCAAUAAUAGAGCUGCAAGAGAUUGAGCUUGUGGAUUUAUGGGGAGGUCUUGAUGACCCGGAAGUUUGUGAGGAACUCAAUGAAAAGUUAGUCUUGUCUCAAACAGGAAUUUCUGAGGGAGAGAUUUUAGCACAUCAACCUGUAGGUGAUAACAGACAACGUAUGUAUAGAAUGAGAACUAGCGUCAGAGAAGGUCUUUUUGAACAAAUGGGCAUGAGUGAAGCUGAGACUGGAGGAAUUUCUAAGGAAGAAAACCAAGCAGCAGAAUCAAGUGAUUCUGAGUUGAGAAAGGAAUGGGAGGACACUGUGUCAGCAGUGAAAAGCACUGAUUUUGAAGCUAGUGAUUUGGAGGGAGAUAGAAUACAUAGUGAGAAAGCCAGUUUCCAGGAAGAUAUCAAAACGGAGAGGCAAACGGAGUCUGCAAGUGAGGACAGACAGGAGGAAGCCUCUACUGGGUACAGUCUCAGCAGAGGUGGAGAACCCGGAUCUGAAAAAUGCAUGAAGGAAGAGGAAUUUAGGCUGAGUAGACAGCCUGAUACAGAAACAAAGAGGGAAGAAGAUUAUCAUAUCUCAGACAGAGAACCCAGCUCAGAAGGGCAAGUUAGUCAGGAGGACAAUUGCAUUGCAGAGGUAAAGAACACAGUUUCAGGACCCGCACCUGAAGCUACAACCAGGACCUCGGAAGACAGAGCUGCGGCAGACACGGACAUCGUUGCUUCAAAACAGGAUGCUCCAGUUGCAAAUGUUGCGAAAGAAACUCCUGCAAGAAAAGAGAGUUUUUCUAGGCAGCAUGGCAGCCGGUUUGGCCAAGAGACAAGCUCAGAGACAAGACUGCAGGAUGAGGACUUUCUGCGAGACCAGGGUAAAGACUUACAUCCCAUCAUGGCAGAGAUUCAGAACCGUUGGGCUUCUCGUACCAGGAGAGCCUUUGAUGAAAGCUGCCUCAACCUGCCACAGUUUGUACAGCUCAUGGAGACAUUUGUUGGCGAGGACAUUUCUCUGCCCACUGUGAAGAGGCUUAUUGCAUUUAUCAAAGAAGAAUACAAACAGACAGAAGAGGAAAAAACAGAACAACUAGAAAAAGUUCACCGCAUCUCUCGCUUGGCCCAACGGAAACUGCUUCUGGAGGCACUUUUCGAAAAGUGGGACAAUAAUGCGUCUGGGUUUCUGGACCUGGAAGAGGUGGAUGCUGUUCUAAGCACAUUCAAAGAAGGGAUGGAAAAAGAGGCCUUGAGGAAGGCAAAGAAACACUUUUGCUCCCGUUACCCCCAGCUGAGCAGAGCGGGGAAGCUAUCUCCAAAGGCAUUCCAGAUUUUCCUUGAGUUAGUUGCUUCCGAGUUCACUGGCGAUGAGGAUGAAGCUAUUGAUAACUUGGUGGAAUUUCUGACCAGAAGCGUGGAACGAAGUCACGUGGAGUGCCUGCAAAGCUUAACCAGGAGGAAAUGGCUGCACAAUAUCCAGCAAGCAGCUGAGACCAGCGGAACAAGCAUGGAACCAGUUUACAAAGCAGUGUUUAAGGCCCUCUCCCAGGAUGCAGAAGCCCAUGGGAAUAACAAGAAGAUCAGUGCAUAUAUUGCCCUUCUGGAAGAGAACCAGCUCUCACCAGAGCGGGGACAGAUUCUCCUGCGCUAUGUGGCAUGUACCCCAGAUGAUGCUCCAUAUGUUCUAAACCAGAUACUUUACAGAGACAUGAAAGGAGUAAGCUUUGCAGCUGCUGAAGAAGGAAAGCCAAUCCAUGUUCCAAGAGUUCAGCUCCACAGAAAUAUCCACUUCUGGAACUAUGACCGCCCAGUGGAGGAGAGAAGAGGUUCACUCCUGGUACUGCCAUUGCACGAUGUUCGCUGGAGAGUCUUUGGCAUUCUAGGACUUGACACUCUUCGGGACCAGUGUGAGACAACCAUCUUUCUGACCCAUGAGAUCAGUUUCUAUCAGGGAGUUUCUCAUGCAUUCAGCAAAGCCUACCACCAUGUCCGCACACAGGAAAAAUUUCUACAAAUGGCUGUUACUGCUCUGGACUGGUUGUAUCCCAGGGCACCCAGGAUCCACACUGUAAUCACGUACCUGGUGGAGCCUGGCAAAGACAAGACAUGUGACUACGCUCUGCGCAAGAUGAUUACUACAGAUAAUACAGGACAAAAAGAAAUUCAUAGCUCUCCUGCUCUUUUCCUCAGAAAAGAAAACCUCUUAAGAAAUUACCUAUUUAAGUGUGUAGAUAGUUCAGAGGUCAUUCGCACUUCUGUCCGUGGAGAAUACCACAUUGCAGUACCUCUCCGUGACCUAUCAGGACAAGCUUUUGCGAUCUUUGAUAUCAGCAUUGGACACCACCAGAAAUUACCACCUCAUGAACACAAAGACCUGCAGAAAAUGCUAAAGAUGGCCCAAGCUGCCUGCUCUGAGAUACUGAAAAUAUCUGUGGAGGAAACAGAACCAACCUAUGUACUGGAGGCGGAACAUGUGGCAAAUUUGAGGCAUGCAGGGAUUCUGUUCCACCGGUUCAUGCUGCAGGACCUGCGAGAGUGUGUCCAGAAACUUGAUGCUGAGAGCUUUGCUGAAAUAAAGAGCUAUGUAGAACCCCCAGCUCUGGUACACAACAUAGUUAAGGCUGUGCUGUUGCUACUCCAUCCAAACUGGAAGGGCUCAGAGAAGACUGAGAACUGGAGUCAGUGUAUACUGAAACUUGAUGAAAAUUUGAUUCAGGAGAUCUAUUGCUUUGAUCCAACUGCUGCAUCUGUGCAAGUUCAAGCAGAGCUGCUGCUGGACUGCAUCGCUG